AUGACCAUAUAUGCAUUGUCUACUCCGCCGGGAAGGGCUGGCGUUGCAGUUAUCAGGAUAUCCGGACCCGAUGUCCUGAAAGUGUGGAAAGGGAUGGUGAGGACGACGGCAGGUGGCGCAAAGAAGGGCAAGCAGCGUGAGCAGGAACCUGAGUCCUGGAAGAUGCACCGAUGCAGGGUUGUCGAUCCCAUUUCGGGUAACCUCUUAGACGAUGGUCUCGUAGUAUUCUUCAAAGCGCCGAAGUCGUUCACUACUGAGAAUGUUCUCGAGUUGCAUAUCCACUCCGGCCGUGCCGUCAUAUCUUCAGUUCUCCAUGCUCUAUCGCUCUUUCCCUUCUGUCGCCCUGCAGAACCCGGAGAAUUUACCCGUCGCGCGUUUGAAGGCGAACGUCUGGACCUCACUCAGGUGGAGGGCCUCAAGGACCUUAUAGACGCGGAAACCGAGAGCCAGCGGAGGGCUGCGCUGAUGGCGGCCGGGGGUGUCACAAGGAAUCGAUUUGAAGAGCUCAGGACGGAGAUUAUCCACUGUCUUGCUUUUGUAGAGGCUCUUAUCGAUUUCGGCGAAGAUGAAGACAUCGAAGAGGCUAGAGAACGAGUCCUCAAGCUCAUUCAUAUUAUAGAAACGCACCUUGCUGAUAGUCGGAGAGGUGAGAUCAUGCGUUCCGGCAUACGACUAGCUAUCUUCGGACCACCGAAUGCCGGCAAGAGCAGCUUACUGAACUUUCUUGCUCAACGAGAAGCAGCAAUCGUGACAUCUAUACCUGGAACGACGCGUGAUAUCCUCGAACUCUCGCUUGACAUCGGUGGCUUGCCAGUUAUCAUAGCGGACACUGCUGGCAUCCGGAAAACAGUUGAUCUCAUCGAACAAAUCGGAGUUGAGCGCGCGAGGCAGCUGGUAAAGUCAGCAGACGUUGCUCUAUGUGUGCUAUCGCUUCCGGAUAUCGUAGGCGACAAUGAGUCUCAGUCGAGCGUCAGAAUACCACAAUCUGUCGCACCGCUGAUUACUUCCGAGACGUACUUGUUGUUAAACAAGACCGAUAUGGUCGAUGUUACCCCCGAGCGCAUUAACUGUAUCCGAGAUGCUGCUGGAGCCGCGAAGGCUUGGGCAGUUAGUCUUACUACGAACAAGGGGACGCAAGGUUUUCUGGAUGGUUUCGCCGGAGCACUUUUAAAACGAUAUGAUUUGAUGCAAGAAGGUGGCACCAAUCAAAACGAACCGCUUGUCACUCAUGCAAGGCAACGUGUACAUCUCGAGAACGCGUUGCAGUUCCUGAAUGCUUUUCUCAGUUAUCAGCCAAACGAUGUGGUUUUUUCGGCGGAGGAGCUCCGGUAUGCGGCGCAGGCGGUGGGCAAAAUAUCAGGGCUGAUUGAUGUCGAAGACGUGUUGGACGCUUUGUUCCGUGAUUUUUGUAUUGGGAAAUAA